AGAUCUACUUCAGAAACACAGGAAGCGGCAGCGGGGAGUACAUUGUGGGACAAAGUACACUGGAGUAGGACGUGAUGAGAAGUACGGAUCCUAAUUUGCUUGUAAACUACGUAGAAUAUACGAGCAUAAAAGGCAUUUUUUGGGGAAGAAAAAUAUCCUGAGUAUCAUGGGUGAUGUAUUUACACCAUUGGACUGCCUGCUAUCUUCAGGUAAACAGCAAUUCUGUUUAGUGAUCCUUAACCAACCCUUGGACAAAGACUACUUUCACCAACUCUGGAGUAAAGCUACAAUAAAGGCCUGUGCAGAUGGAGGAGCAAAUCAUCUCUAUAAUCUCACGUCUGGGAAGCGUGAAAGCUUCCUGCCUGACUACAUCAGCGGGGAUUUCGAUUCGAUCAAACCAGAAGUCAAAGAGUUUUACAAGAAUAAGAAAUGCAAGCUUAUAGAAACUGAAGAUCAAGACCUAACAGACUUUACCAAGUGCCUGCGCAUACUAGUGGAUGAAAUAAAGAGUAAGGAUCUACAGGUCGAUACCAUAGUGACCCUUGGAGGACUCGGUGGACGGUUUGACCAGAUCAUGGCUACUGUCGAGACUCUCUUCCAUGCCACCCACAUGACUGACCUCCCAGUGUUGGUCAUUCAGGGCUGUUCCUUGGCUUACCUGCUGAAGCCGGAUAAACGGCACACUUUGAAUGUGAACACGGGAUUGGAGGGGGAUUGGUGCAGCCUUAUUCCAGUGGGGGGGCCCUGCAAGACCACAACCACCGGCCUCAAAUGGAACCUCUCAAUAAUGACCUCAGCAAAGGACAUUUCAUGGGGAUCUAUGACCGGUCGGGCGAGUUGGUGGCCCGAAGGCAAAGCUAUUAUAAGCCAUCUAUUACAGUCACUACUGCAUUGCCUGGGGUUGGCUGGCUGACUGCCCAGCAUUUACAACACAUCAGAGGAUGAUCGGCUGCUCCAGCCUUUCUGCUUGCGUCAGCUAUACAGCAAAAGCUUUCUCUCACCAAAGGUAAUUAGGUAAAGUCUUAAUGUGUAAGCUCCCUCAACCCAAAAUAAAUAGUUUGCAAGAACUCUUGUACCUUUCAGUAGAUAUUACUCCCAUUUUAAAGAUCCCAUUUAAGCAUUGAGCAGCUCCUAAUUGCAGACAGAUGUUAACUGUUUGUGUGACUGCUGCCACGUUAAUGGUUUUUAAAAGGAGUGGUUUUAUUGUUAUGGCUUUAAGGUGCACAUUCUUUGCUAUAAAUUAAAGAUGCAUGCCUCGUUUUCAUAUAGCUAGUUCCAAUACUGGAGUCAUGUCUGCAGUUUGGACAUGAGCAUUUGUUGCCUGAUUUACCCCCCACGCAGACCUCUUAAUCUAAUUCACAAGUGCAGUGGUCCCCAAAUACUACAGAGUUCAUAUCAAUCCUGCCCCAAAAAAAGGUUUCUGUUAUGGUGAGUUCAGAAAUGGUAGGACAUGUAAUGUGGAGCAUUCAGCAACCAUUGUGACAAGAAUGGAAUUUAUUUUUCUGUAACACCUCCCUUCCGCACAGGAUCUCAAUGACCUUUAGAAACAUACAGCUGAAUGAACUACUAGCCACCUUAAGAUUGGAAUUUGCACGGUUCGAGUCCAGGUUAUUCCUUUGCCGACCGUGGACGGGAGCUCCCAGGGGGCGGCGCACAAUUGGCCGAGUGCCGCCCGGGGGGAGGGAGGGUUAAGUUGGCCAGGGUGUCCUUAGCUCACCGCGCACCAGCGACCCCUGUGGUCUGGCCCGGCACCUAUGGGCAUGCCUGUAAGCUCCCCAUGGCUGCGUUGUCCUCCAACGCUGUAGCUCUGGGUGGCUGCAUGGUGAGUCUGCAUGGCUAACGGCACAUGCUUCAGAGUACAACGUGUGUUCAUCUUCACCCUCCUGAGUCAGCGCAGGGGUGGUAGUGGUGAGCUGAGUUUAAAAAAAUUAAAUAAUUCGACACUACUAAAUUGGGGAGAAAAUUAAAAAAAACUAAUUGGCGACUACUAAUUUUGAUUUUAUUUUAUUUAUUUAAAAAGAGAGAAGAUUGGAACUGCAAAUCUACCCAACAGUGAUAAUUUUAUAAUCUCAGAAAUCUAGACAAACAGAGCAGAAACUAAAAUAAUCUUUCUUUAUUUAGUUGUCUUUUGUACUUUUAAAUGCAUCACAUUGUAACCAGCUGUCUUCAACAAAAAGGUCCAAGUGAAGCAAUACAGAGAAACAUUCAUUUGUACAUAUUGUGAAAGAUUGCGCAAUAUCUUGAAGUAAUAAAUGUUUUACAGAUUUUUAGCCCUGUUAAUUCAUGCAGAUUUACUUACCCGGAUUCAUUCCAAGUUCCUGUGUAUGUAUCCGGCCUGCAUUUAUGCAUGAAUUAACAUGUCUCACAAUCCCCAGGUGGGAGAGUAAGAGGGUAUGAAUUAGUGAAGAAUAAACAGUGAAUUCAUUAGGAACAGAUGGAGGGGAAAGGGGCACCUAAAUGUUUUUAAAUCAUGAUGAAUUGACAGGACUGAAUUCAAAAUGAAUUACAUCAGAACUUGGAGGAAGUGCAUAAGACAGUCAGGUGUUAUUCCUGAAUACCCUGUGCAGUUAUUGUCCACAUUAGAAACUAACACCUUUUGACAAACAACUUUUUAUUUAACAUUUAUUUUUAUUUUUUUAUUUUUUGUGUGUUUUGCACUAAUAUAAUAUUGAAAUGUUGUCAAUACUAAGAUCUGCCAUUGUGCAGAUCAAUUGGAUAUACCCCAUUAUGUCAUUUUCUUUUGUAUGUAGUAUUUAGGGUUUGGUGUUUUUGAACCCCUUUCAGUUUUGGAGGUGAUGGCACCAGGGAAAGAUCAGGGUUGUAUUACACAGAGCGCCACAGUAAAUGACACCAUUAAUUUCGGCUCUUCAACUAAUAUCAGUGUACUACAGGAACUGCUACAUCUGGAUGUGAAAAAAUGUAGGCAAAAUCCUGCCUCGCACAAUUUUAUAUUCUUAUUAUUUAUUUUUUAGCAGACGCCCUUAUCCAGGGCAACUUACAAUUGUUACAUGAUAUCACAUUAUUUUUACAUACAAUUACAUUAUUUUUUUUACAUAAAUUACCCAUUUAUACAGUUGUUUUUUUUUUUUAUUGGAGCAAUAUAGGUAAAGUACCUUGCUCAAGGGUACAACAGCAGUGUCCCCCACCUUGGAUUGAACCCACAACCCUCCAGUCAAGAGUCCACAGCCCUAACCACUACUCCAUCAUCUUUUUUUAUUUAUUUUUUUAUUUUCACGCUGGCUAAAUAAAGAUUCUUUCCCCAAAGUCCAGCUGAUUUCCCCUCACUAAGAGAUGUUCAACUGAUGUGCUUUUUACAUAUAAAUUGCUGUUGUUGGAGAAGGAGUUUUGAAGUGUGCAGAGGUUCUGUGCUACUAAAGUCUGGAAAGAAAAAGAGUUCUGCACAACAAAGCUUGUGUCCUGAUACUUCUUGAGUGUAGUGUAGAUCUGUACUGACAAUCAAAAGUUGCACAGAAGAUCUAAGAUACCAUUUGGCUAUGCAAUAUAUUGAUUAUAAUAAUCACUAGAAUACAUGUAAUUGUCCUAAUAGCUAAAUAUAAAGACAGUAUAGGUUGGAUUGAAUGCACUGUGUUCAGUAUUGAAUUUAGGAUUUGUUUAGCUCUUCUUGUAAUAUAAAAAACAGUAAACUAAUCUAGUGAAUGCCUAUGGGUGGGCAGUGUGUUUUUUUUCUUUAAUGCAUGUGAUGCCAUUUUGAAAUAUGAGUGUUUGAUAAGUUUACUCACUUUAAUGGCCUCAAACUCAAUGAAUUCAAGAUAUCACAGGCAUAGCAAAAUGUGUAACAAAAUAGUGCAGUUUUAUGAAUAUGUGGCCAUGGACAGCGGGUUAUUAUACCACCAUAAAAUGUUCAUAAGUGAAAUGGUAUGAAUGGAAGGAGAACUUUCAUUUUUCUUCAAAGGAGGUCGUAUUAAUAGUCAACAGGCAGAGGUAUUUCCUAGAUCCCGUUUAAGUAAGUAUUCAUAUGUAAAAGCAAUAAAGGUUAAAUAACUAAUUUGCUGCGCUUGAAUUUAGCAAUUCCCAUGAAUUCAUUAUGCAUCAGGUCAUGUCCCUCCCAAUACUGACAACUAGAGGUCAGUGUUUGGUAAAAUAAUCUGCUGUUUUUUUGUACAGUGGAGAUAUAAUGCCAAUUGGCUAAAUUACUAAUAUAUACAGUAUAUUUUUCCUAAAUGGUCCUAAAGAUGGGUACAGAGCACAAUACACACUGAAUUCAAAUUGGAAUGCUUAGAAAAAUAUUCCCAUCAAGCUGCUAUCAUCAUAAAAAUCAUGCUGUUAAAUGGUUGUAUCCUAUGCCCUAAUGACAUUUUGGCAUUUGAAAUUAUAAUUUAAUUGGUUUGGUAACCGCCUCAAAUGUACAUAUUUGUACAAGAGGCAAAGUGCAGUCAGUUAAAUUGGUAAAAGUUAUAGGAAGCACUGUUUGCUUGAAUUUGAUUAUUAUUAUUUAUGUUC